AUGUCACUAGUCGAAGAAGGCAUUGAAAUGCUUCGCGCUGUCCUCCCAGAUGCGACGAUUAUAGCUGCUUUAGACAUUAUUGAUCACGACGGCGUUGUUAAGUACAAGACCUCUUGGGGCCGGCAUCACUACGAAGUUCUGGGUACCACUUCAACUUACACCGUCUUUCCGCACCUCCAUACUGCAUCCGCAGCUGUGUCUAGUUAUUGCACCUGCCCCUCGUUCGCAUAUGCGGUGUUAAUAUCCGAGAACCAUCUCAUGUGCAAACAUGUCUUGGCGGUAUGCCUUGCAGAUAGGCUGUCCCGUUGUGUUGUGCGCCCCAUCGAAGAUGAUGACCUGCUGUUAAAAAUCACGGGACAUGUCUCUCCCUAG